ACCGCCAAACAAACUCCGUGGUGUUGUUCCUCGCGUUGACUAAUCCACGUACCUUAUGGUUACUUAACUGAUGUAUAUAUUCAUAAAGAAAGAAGCAUUUACUUUUUUGCGGAUAUACUUGAAAGAAGUAUGAAGACGCUCACCACAUGGAGUGUUUUGUUUUUCAUCUUCGGUUAUUCGCUGGUCGUGUGUAGCGAGUUACCCAGCCCUGAGAAUGUCACACUUGACACUCUCAACACAAAUUAUGUGCUGAAAUGGAACUGGGAUGAAGACAACAUAAAAAGGAUUACCUUCACUACACAAUACCUUCCGAAGUUUAAGAUUACAAAACCCAAGCAUAAGCAGAACUGGAAGUCAGCAUGUGGUGUGACAUUUAAGCACAUCUGCGACUUUACUGCUGUGCAGCUGCAUUAUUAUGGUGUGUGGCUGCUGCGUGUCAGAGCUCAGAGUGGCAAGCUCGUGUCCAACUGGGUCCAAAUUGAGUUCUGCCCCGACCGAGAUGCCCAGCUAGGUCCACCCUCCAGAGUGGAUGUAACUCCUGUUAAUGGCCACCUGCAGGUGUCCAUCACUGACCCUAUGACCAACACCAACAUCUCCAUGAGAGAGUUGCUCCCCAACCUGUCUUACCUCACACAGUAUUGGGAGCACCUUUCUCAGACGCAGAAGCCUAAGAGUCUAUUGCACCAGAGUAACCUGGUAAUUCUUCCUGAGCUGGCGAGCUGGACAUGGUAUUGCAUAAGAGUGCAGUCUCAUGAAACCUUCUACAACAAAACCAGUGUCUUCAGUCCAACAUACUGCUUGCAGACAGAUGGUCCUGUUCCAUCCUGGCAGAUCUUUCUGUACUUCUUGUUGUCACUUGUGUUGUGUUUCCUGUUUGUGGUCGCACUUGGCUAUGGUUUCUACAAGUUGUUUACGGUUGUGAAGAACACCUUGUACCCGGCUGUACCACUGCCCGCCCACAUCCACCAGUACCUCUGCAUCUCCACUAGCUCUGACAUGCCCCACCUUCUGACAACAGAGUUGGAGGUAGAGCACUGCUGUGAUAGGUUAGAUGUCAUUUCCAAGCCUGCAGUCACUGACAUCAUCUUGGAGAUCCACACCUCAACCGAGGACUCUGGCCUGGGCCCAGAGCACAGUAACGCGCCUCACACACGCCACAGCAGUGGAGACUCAGGGGUCUACUCCACAGUGGAGGACUCUGGCUCGGACAAGUCAGCUCCACAGAACUGGGUGCAGGAAGUGAAGUUGCAGACAGUUAACAGAGGAAUCCUCACUAGAGAGCCAGGAGACAAAGAGGCAGGACAGGAACAGGAUUUGUGCAUCACGGAAACUAUCCUGACAUAAAAGAUUGCUCUUAACUUCUGUUGCAUGUUUGGACACUGUAUGAGUGGAGGGAGGUGGGUGAUUUGGUCAGUAACUGUGGAGAUGAUGGUCACUAUAAAAGAAUCCAAAAGAGAGGAAUGUUGUUUUUCAGUGAUGUGCUUUUUAUCAGUGGUAUGCUGCAGAGGUACUGUAUGCCAAGAGUUGCUGUUUCAUUCUGUUCAGGGUGGAACUCAGGCAAGGCAAGUUUAUUUGUAUAGCACUUUUAUAUACAGUGACAAUACAAAGUGCUUUAAAAAGACAUAGAAUAAUUAGCUAAAUAAAGCUUAUUACAUCCUACCUGAGAUCUAUCACCUCAGGAAGGUGUUUGCAAAAGUUAAACUAAAAAGUUGACAAAGUUAUCCUCUGCCUCUGAAAUUUGUGGGCUCAAACCCAUUGUUCAAUCUUUAAAAUUAAAUUCAGUCUUUAUUUAUUUCAUUUUUUUCUGCAGCAGAAACCAGUUUAGUGUCCAUCACUCUUAUGAUCAUUGUUCUCUGAUUUUGUGUUUGUGUCUGAUAGUGCUACUGAGUUUUGGAGAGAGCUAGAGAGGCUUGUGGCUCUUCUCCCCUUCCUCAGUCAGCUGUGCUGUGCUAAGAUUAUCAGUGUUGUGCUUCCAGGUGUCCAGGCCUGCAUGAGGCCUCUUAUAUUCUGUGUCAUUACUAGUUAACCAGGCUAGCUGAAGAUGUCCUACCUGGUAUUAUUUAUAAUAGAAAAGUCUGAUUGUCCAUCUUUUUUUCCAGCCAAGCAGUUUCAGGCUUAUCAGAUGUUAAGAUGGAUUAAAAUGAUUCUUAUAGAAUCAUAAGCAAUGUUUUUCUUUAACAUAUUCACUUUUGAUUGUCUUAUAUUUUGAAGUUUCUGCAGUUCUCAGAACUUCUGUAAAGCAUUAUAUACACCUAAAACAACUAAUGUAAAUAUAUUUUAUAUACAUGCACUUUGUUGUGUUUUCAAUAAAAGCUGAAGUAAAAUGUU